AUGGUUGCCAGAGUUGUGCAUCUUAAGGCCCUUCUGCCAAGGGCCGGUGUAACUCUUGCGUCUCUGUCAAGAAGGAAUCUGAACGCCGCGAAGCAGCAGUCGUUAUUUUCCAAGCAGUUCCUGCAAGUUUCUCACUACUCGACCGAGGUCAAAAAGGCGGCCACCUACGCAGGUGCAGGAAUCCUGUCCGGUUUUACCGACGAGAACGCCCAUCAAUUGGUGGAUGUCUCUAAGGUGCUGGUCAUUGGUUCAGGUGGACUCUCCAUCGGCCAAGCCGGUGAGUUCGAUUACUCCGGAUCUCAGGCCAUCAAGGCUUUGAAGGAGGCCAACAAGCAGUCGAUUCUGAUCAACCCAAACAUCGCCACCAACCAGACUUCCCAUGCUCUGGCCGACGAGAUCUACUACCUCCCGGUCACCGCCGAGUACAUCACCUACAUUAUCGAGAGGGAAAAGCCUGAUGGAAUUCUUCUGACUUUUGGAGGUCAAACCGGUCUGAACGUGGGUGUUCAAUUGGACAAGAUGGGUGUCUUUGACAGAUAUGGCGUCAAGGUUCUGGGUACUCCAAUCAAGACCCUCGAGACGAGUGAAGACCGUGAUUUGUUUGCCCAGGCUUUGAAGGAGAUUAACAUCCCGACUGCCGAGUCUAUUGCAGUUGACAAUGUGGAUGAUGCUCUUUCUGCUGCCGAGUCCGUUGGUUAUCCUAUUAUUGUAAGAUCCGCGUAUGCUCUUGGAGGCCUCGGUUCUGGUUUCGCCAAUAACAGGGAAGAGCUGCACAACCUUGCUUCUCAGUCAUUGUCUCUGGCUCCUCAAAUUUUGGUUGAAAAAUCGCUCAAGGGCUGGAAAGAAGUGGAGUACGAAGUUGUCCGUGACCGUGUCGGAAACUGUAUCACCGUCUGUAACAUGGAGAACUUCGACCCUCUUGGAAUUCACACCGGAGACUCCAUUGUGGUUGCUCCAUCCCAGACUCUUAGCGAUGAAGAAUACCACAUGCUGAGAUCCGCUGCUAUCAAGAUCAUCCGUCAUUUGGGUGUUGUUGGUGAAUGUAACGUGCAAUAUGCCCUGCAGCCCGAUGGGCUCGACUACCGUGUCAUUGAGGUGAACGCCCGUUUGUCCAGAUCUUCUGCUCUUGCUUCUAAGGCCACUGGUUACCCUCUGGCCUACACCGCUGCCAAGAUUGCUCUUGGCCACACCCUGCCUGAAUUGCCCAACCCAGUCACCAAGACCACCUCUGCUAACUUUGAGCCCUCUCUGGAUUACAUGGUCACCAAGAUCCCAAGAUGGGACCUGGCCAAGUUCCAGCACGUGAAGAGAGAUAUCGGUUCCUCGAUGAAGUCUGUCGGAGAAGUCAUGGCUAUUGGUAGAAACUUUGAGGAGUCUUUCCAGAAGGCUAUCAGACAGGUAGACCCAUCUUUCGUUGGUUUCCAAGGCGGUGAGUUCGAAGACCUGGACGACGCCCUGGCCAACCCUACCGACCGGAGAUGGUUGGCUGUUGGUCAAGCUCUUUUGCACGAAGGCUACACUGUGGACAGAGUUCACGAGCUUUCCAGAAUCGACAAAUGGUUUUUGUACAAGCUUAUGAACAUCGUGGAGAUGCAGAAGGAACUGGAGCAGAUCGGGUCUCUUUUCGGCUUGACUCAGGAUGUGAUCACCAGAGCAAAGAAGCUCGGCUUUUCUGACAAGCAAAUCGGAAUUGCUGUUGGCUCCAAGGAGCUGGAGGUCCGUGCCAGAAGAAAGUCCUUUGGCAUCGUUCCUUUCGUCAAGAAGAUCGACACUUUGGCUGCUGAAUUCCCUGCUGAUACUAACUAUUUGUACACCACGUACAAUGCCACCGAGAGUGACGUGACGUUCGACGAAUACGGAACCAUGGUUCUGGGUUCUGGAGUGUACAGAAUCGGGUCUUCCGUGGAGUUUGACUGGUGUGCUGUUUCGACCGCAAGAGCCUUGAGGGCCAGUGGAAAGAAGACCAUCAUGAUCAACUACAACCCGGAAACCGUCUCAACCGAUUUCGAUGAAGUUGACAGACUGUACUUCGAGGAGCUUUCGUUCGAGAGAGUCAUGGACAUCUACGAACUUGAGAACGCCAAGGGCGUGGUAGUUUCUGUUGGAGGCCAGCUGCCUCAGAACAUUGCAUUGACUCUGCAAAACAACGGGGCCAAGGUCUUGGGAACAAACCCUGAAGACAUUGACAAGGCCGAGGAUAGACACAAAUUCUCCUCGAUUUUGGACUCCAUUGGCGUUGACCAGCCUCUUUGGAAAGAGCUUACGUCCAUCAGUGCGGCUGAAGAGUUUGCUCAGGCCGUGGGUUACCCGGUCUUGGUCCGCCCAUCCUACGUUCUUUCUGGUGCGGCCAUGUCUGUAAUCCGUGACGAGUCCGAACUUGCCGAGAAGCUAGGCAAUGCGGCCGAGGUUUCGUCGGAAUAUCCAGUAGUGAUCUCCAAGUUCAUUGAGGGUGCCGAGGAAAUCGACAUUGAUGCCGUUGCUGCCAACGGAAAGGUGCUUGUUCACGCUGUUUCCGAACACGUGGAGAAUGCCGGUAUCCAUUCGGGAGACGCCACCUUGGUGCUUCCUCCACAAAGUCUUUCGCCAGAGAUCAUGGCACGCUUGAAGGAGAUCGCCGACAAGGUGGCCCACGCCUGGAAAAUCACCGGACCUUUCAACAUGCAGAUCAUCAAGGCCCAGAACCCAGAGAACCCUGAAGUCCCCGACCUCAAGGUUAUCGAGUGUAACAUCAGAGCCUCCAGAUCGUUCCCGUUUGUCUCCAAAGUUCUCGGCGUCAACUUCAUUGACGUUGCCGUCAAAGCCCUGGAAGGAAAGGACAUACCCGAGCCCGUUGACCUUAUGAAGAAACACUACGACUAUGUCGCGACCAAGGUGCCUCAAUUCUCCUUCACACGUCUCGCCGGAGCCGACCCAUUCCUCGGAGUCGAAAUGGCUUCCACCGGAGAAGUGGCCUGUUUUGGUAAGAACCUGACCGAGGCCUACUGGACUUCUAUCCAGUCUACAAUGAACUUCCAUCUGCCCAAACCACCAAGUGGUAUCCUGUUUGGUGGUGACCUGACCCAGGAGUACCUGGGAGAGGUUGCCAAGACCAUCUCGCCAAUUGGCUACAAGCUCUACACCACGUCCGCUGAGGUGGCUGACUACCUCAAGCAGUAUAUUAGUGAGGGCACUGAGGUCCAAGUGAUUGAGUUCCCCAAGACAGACAAGCGCAAGCUCAGAGAAGUGUUCCAGAAGUACGAUAUCCAGUGCGUGUUCAACCUGGCUCGUGCCCGUGCCGAGUCUUUGUUGGACGAAGACUAUGUCAUGAGAAGAAACGCCAUUGACUUUGCCAUUCCUUUGUUCAACGAGCCCCAGACCUCCCUUCUGUUUGCCAAGGCUUUGAAGGAGAAUAUCGCUUCCAAGCUGAACCAAAAAGAGGACCACGUCGUGAUCCCCGAAGAGGUCCGGAGGUGGAGCGAGUUCAUCGGCGGCAAGCCCGUUUAG